CUCCACCCUCGUCAGCGACAGUAGAAGCCUUCCUUCAAAAUCAUGACAUGCAUAUUUGUGAAAACAGGACAGCAGUACAGAGGACACUGUUUUUACUGCGACACACACAGUAGUUAAGCUGUGAUUCAACAUCAUCCAAAUGAACAUCAGACGUAAUUCAGACUCCAAUGCUUUAUUUCAUGAUGAAGCAGCUAAGUUGGAGGAAGUGCACGCAGGUUUUCUAUUAAAGUCCCCUCCUGCUAGACAGAUAAAAAAUACGAAAUCAUGGAAGAGACGCUUCUUUGUACUUUCAAAGACAAAUGACAGUUGCCAUGAGCUAAAAUACUACAAAAACACUGAGAGAGAAAAACCUAUAAAAUCCAUUGAAGCUUCCACCAUCACAAUGCUGGAAUUGCAACCCAAGACAAAUCCAGUUUUUGAAUGGGUCUGUAAAGCUUUCAAGUGCCUUCCAUCCUCUGUGCUCCUCAUGAAAGCAGAAAAUCCAGGAGAGAAGGUCCCAAGAGAAUUUUUCUUCAUUGGAGACAGCAGUGACGACGUGGAGAGAUGGUACGAUGCUUUAUCCAAGGCUAUAAAGAAUAACCAAAUUGAGUCACAAAAUGAACCUCAGAUCACGACAGAAUCCAACUCUAAAGGCCAAAACCCCUAUGACACUGAAGAGACUGAAGCUGAUAGUAAACCUCCACUGCCUGCAAAGAAGAAGAAGUCAACACCAUCUGAAGAGGGUCAAUGCAGUCUAUCUGAAACACCAGAGUAUGAAAAUGUGAAAAAAGAGCAACCGCUGGAUGAGACUCCGGAAAGUAACGAGAACAUGUCAUCAGGGGAGAGUAUGAUCACUACAUCUGAAGACAGUCUGUUGGAUUCUGUCACAAAAGCAUUCGAUGAUAUGAAGACACCAGAAACAUCCACUAAGUCAGAUGGACAAAUUGAAACACACACCCUUAUCGAGAAGGAAAUCUGCAUAAGUCAUCACGUUGCAAAAAGCUUGGUUAUUUCAGAGGAGGGGGGGAAAACCAUGCAUCAUGUCCUUAUGGACUCCAUUGUGUCUGAUUGUGGGGAGAUUGAGGCUUCAUCUCUGUUUCACAAGGGAGAUCAGAUCCUGGCUGUCAAUGACCUGUUGACAGACACAGUGGAGGAGGUACAAACAUACCUGAGAAGACUCAGCAAGAGCGAGGUCAAGCUGACCAUUGGAAGGCUCCCGGGCUCCAUUCCUCUAAAUUCUGAACCCUGCUGA